GUACCUAAAUAUGGAACCUACAGGAUUCAAGAACUAUAGCUUUGAUGGGAAGAUGCUAUGGAAAGACACUCUUAGCGAUGAACAUCUCCCAUUUUCGAACAUGGAGCCAUCCUUGAAGGAGUAUACUCAAGACCAGCUUAAGAAAAAAAAUGCUGUUGUUCAGUUUAAUUUCUCUGACGACGAUGUCUUUCGCACUCUUAAGGGAAAACCUUCUCCAGUGUUCAAUAUUGGCAAGUUAGUGUACAAUACCAAGGACGAUAAGUGGUAUAAGGUACUGGACUUGAAGACUGAUGACAACUCCAACCCCACUUGGGUAAGCUUGACUGAGAGGAAUGGGACAGAAACUAUUGAAAUUUCCACUCAAGAAAGGUUUGAUGAGUUUGAGAGUUGAUUAGAUAUUUUAAUCGACAUCAACACUACUUCUGGAAUUAAAACUAUCAUGGAAGUAAGUCCAAAAAUAUAUGAAAGAUUAAAUGUAUCUCUUGAAAAUUCUCUUGAUGGCAUCGGAGCUUCUGUGAGUUCUUACAAGUUCUUCUUCAAUGGCAAAGAAGUAGAUAAAGAAGAUUGUAUUGCCAACAUUGAAGGAAUCACGAGAGGAUCUAUUAUAUUUGGUUCGGAGUGAUAUGGCAAGCCCUUCAAAUUUUCGAGAUUCCAAGAAAUUUAUCCAAAUUCAUACUGGUCAAAUUCUGGAAGGAGCUCUGAUGGAGUUUGCUUUGUUCCUUCCAAAAACAUUAUUCUCUGUGGGUUCUCAACCUGUGCUGCUAGAGAUCAUAGCCAAUAUGAGAUGAAGUAUCAAGUCAAAGUUAAUGACACAGAAGUGGAGGAAGAUACAAUCAUUGCCUCAGGAUGGGAAGAUGAGUUUUACUAUAGACAUAAACUGAAUGAAGUCCGCUCAGUAAAAGCAGGCCAAAAGAUUGAGAUUGUUGUCUGGAUUGCAAAAAAUAUCUCAACUAAUGAUGAGCUUAGCACAUACAACGGAUCAGGAGGUGAUGAUUAUGAGAAGAUUGAAAAUGAGCACAUGGGUCUUUUUAAAAUUGAGAACUCCAACAACAGUAAUAAUGGAACUUCUGUUGGAUAUGGACAUUUUCCUGAAAUCUUCUACUUCCUUGGCUAAAUUCAACAAGC